UCAAAUGACAAUUUGGCGUCUCUUUUGUACCAAAUCCAUCUCUAUUUCUUCCAAUUCAAAAACUUCACAUUUCUCCUUAAACCCUAACUCAACUUUGUCUCAAUUCACUUCCCACUUCAGACAAUUUUCCACCUCCUUCCUCGUCACCAAAAUCCCAAAGAAAUUCCGCAAGAAACGAAAGAAAAAAGAAUCCCCACGUACCAAAUUGGUUCAAACUCAACCAAACUUCAAUCCCCAUUUCGAAAACAUUCUUUUUCGUGAUACCCAUUUCAGAUUUCUCACUAAAACCAAAGAAUUCCUCUCCAAACAACCCCAUCAUGUACUUCCCCUUGACGAUGCCGGAAAACUCCACCAGCAGCUGGGGUUCCCACGUGGAAGAAAGGUUGUCCGAUCCCUCCAACGACACCCUUCAAUCUUCGAAAUUUAUCGGCAUAAUGAUGGUAAGAUGUGGAUUGGUUUUACUGAUUUCAUGGAAAAAUUGUUGGAUGAGGAGGGUAAAGUAAUGAAUGAAAUGGAAAGUGAUAGAGUUAGUGUUGUUAGGAAAUUGUUAAUGAUGUCGAAAGAUAAGAGGAUUGCUUUGAGUAAAAUUUAUCAUAAUAGGCUUUUAUUUGGUAUACCUGAAGAUUUUAGGGAUAGGAUAAGGAAGUAUGAGGAUUAUUUUAAGGUGGUUGUUGAGGAAGAUGGGAAAAGGGUAAUUGAGCUUGUGAAAUGGGAUCCUACAUUGGCGGUGAGCGCGUUGGAGAAGGAGUAUAUGGUUGAUGAGGAUAAGGUGAAGAAGGCGUUUAAGUUUCCGAUAAAACAUGGGAAGGCAUUGGAUUUGGAUGAAGGUGAUGAGAGGAAGUUGAAUUUGUUGUAUACAUUGCCAUUGGUUUCGCCUUAUUCUGAUGGGAGUAAGCUGGAUUUGUGGACUGUGGAGGCGGAGAAGUUUAGGGUGGGAUUGAUUCAUGAGUUCUUGAGCUUGACAUUGGAGAAGAGAGCUUAUAUACACAACAUUGUGGAGUUCAAGGAGGAGUUUUGUCUUACGAAGCAUACUUAUCAGAUGCUCUUGAAACAGCCUCGGACGUUUUACUUGGCUGGUACAGAAAUGAAUUGGUCUGUGUUUCUUAAGGAUGCUUAUGGAGAAGAUGGGAUUUUGCUAAAUAAGGAUCCACAGGUGCUGUUCAAUGAGAAACUUUAUAGAUAUGCAGACAUGAAGGUAUUGAAGCCAAGCAGUGAUGUCUAUGAAACAUGAACGGUUGAAUUAGCUUUGACGUCUAGUGUAACUUAUGGUGAUGAUGGAGAUCAUAGAGCAGAAUUUACACGAAGGAUGUGUUUGGGGAAGACGGGGUUUGCUAAAUAAGGAUCCGCAGGUGCUUUUGAUGAGAAACUAAAUAGAUAUUCAGACAUGAAAGUAUUAAAGUCAAGCAGUGAUGUCUAUGAGGAAUAAAAGGUUGAAUUAACUUUUACUUCUAGUGUAACUUAUGGUGAUGGUGGAGCUUCAUAGAGCAGAAUUUACUCGAAGAAUGCAGAAGAAGAAUUAUGGUGGACCUCAUCCACCUAUGUUAUAUAUCAAAGCAACAUAAAUCUUGAGGUAUCUAGAGUUGUUUCAAACUCUUGUUUAGCAUUUUCCUGCUGCCUAUUGUUUUCAGCUGUAAAUUGUAAUCAUGCCUGUACUCUAUCAUCUACAAAAUGUAGAGCACUAUUGCAUUCACAAUGUAAAAUCUUACUUAUCAGAAGAAGAAAUUCUUUGUUGCCAACCAUUGCAU